AUGAAACUUGACGAGAAUGAAUCUACUUACUCAAAUCCUAAAAAUUUUCUCUCGUUAUUAUAUCCAUACCUUAGCGAAAAAUUACCAAUAGAUAGAUUUGCUAUUGACAAUAAUCGUUAUUUCAACUUUAUGGGACGAAAGGAAUUCAGAAACGUUUUAGAAACCAUAAACAAACUUCGAUCUGGUACUGGAUAUAUGAAAUUAUUUGUUUAUGUGGACCCAGUAGAUUAUACCAAGUCUGUCUUAUUUCUUGCCUAUCAUGAUAAUGAUGCAAAAAUAAACGAAAUUAAUUCCUGUGAAAAUUUUGAAAAUAUCGUAGAUUUUUGUAAAAAAUUACAAUUCAAAGAAAAGUUAUAUUUCAUCAUCGACCAAAUGAAUGCUCUAGAUGAACUUGAUAAUACUGGGACAAUGCUACAUCUUAUGCAAAAGCAAACUGGUGAAUUGAAGAUCAAGCUUUAUGGAAGGUUUAAUGAGGAGGAGAUGGAAGAAUGGUAG